AUGCUCUCAGUUUUCAUCUGCCUGAGAGGAACCAAGGAGGACCUGAAGCUUCAGUCCACCAACUACUAUGUUUAUUUUGACACAAACAUGGAUAAAGCGAUGGAACGCUACAUCUCUAUGCCCAAGGAAAAGGCUCCAGAACACAUUCCCCUUCUUUUCAUUGCCUUCCCAUCAACCAAGGACCCAACCUGGGAGGACCGAUUUCCAGGUCGAUCCACCAUGACUGUGCUGAUACCCACGGCCUUCGAGUGGUUUGAGGAGUGGCAGGAGGAGCCACAGGGCAAGCGGGGUGCUGACUAUGAGACCCUCAAAAACGCCUUCAUGGAAGCCUCUAUGUCCGUGGUCAUGAAACUUUUCCCACAGCUGGAGGACAAGGUGGACAGUGUGAUUGGGGGAUCCCCACUCUCCAACCAGUACUAUUUGGCUGCUCCCCGAGGUGCUCCCUAUGGGGCUGACCAUGACCUGGCUCGUCUGCAUCCUCAUGCUAUGGCUUCCCUAAGAGCCCAAACCCCUAUCCCCAACCUCUACCUGACAGGCCAAGAUAUCUUCACGUGUGGGCUGGUAGGAGCCCUACAAGGGGCCUUGCUGUGCAGCAGUGCCAUCCUGAAGAGGAACUUGUACUCAGAUCUGCAGGCUCUUGGCUCAAAAGUCCAGGCACAACAGAAGAAGAAGAUGAAGUAGCCCAUUCAGAGCUAAGCCAGAGAACGGCACCUCCCCAACUUCUUUCUCAUGGUGUCCUUCUGCUGUACUUCCUUGUGCAUAUAUUCAAAAGCGCUUUGUUUCUGAUGCCUGCUGCAAAUCGAGUUCUCCUCUGUACCCUGCCAAGGCCUAGUGUGGGCUGCACAGCCCUGAUGUCUCAAGAUGAAGAAUGCUCCCAUGCCUUCCCCACACCCAGCACUGAGCAAGGGUCAAACACUCAGAAUCCCUGAGGGUGUUGGCUAUUGGAGUAGGUUGGUCCACUUCUGGCCUGAAGCUUUUUGCUCUACCCACUCUAGUAUUGUGCUGCUCCCCUCUAUCAAAGGGAAGGAUGACCAGCAUGGGUUUGGGAUGGCAACUCUCAAAGUGAGAGCCAAGGGGCUCUCGGCCUUAAGCUUUGUCCUCUGACAGAAGCAGCCUGAAGGAGCAUUCCAAUCAGAGACAGACCAAGAGAUACCACUGCACCUGCAAAAUGUCCCGUACACCAGCCCGCUGAGAUCUUGACUACAGAAUGGCCAGCUUGGCAGGGAGGGGACGACAGUGGAGACGUUGGGCCUGAAUACAGGAAGCACAAUGAGCACUGAGCCUAGCGAUUUACAUUUCUAGUUGCUGGCACAUAUUAAAAGCUGAGUAUUGUUUUCCAAAUUCCUUGGAAUCAGAAUUCCUUCAGAGUCUGUAAUAUUUGAAUACAUACGAGAUAACUUGGGGAAUGGGCUCCCAGACUAAACGUCAAAUUCAUUUGUUUCAUAUACAUGGAUGAGGCACAACAACUUAUGUAAUAUUUUUAAACUUGUGAGCAUUGUAUCGUCUCUCAGGUGAGUUCUUACUAUUAUGAAGCUGCUUUGGGUCGUAGAAUAGGAAUUCUUGACUUAUAUGAAUCAGUGGGGAAGAUGGUGAAAGUUUAAAACUUUCACUCAAGCUGAACAGGCACCAAUUUUAGUUCAUUUAAGCAUGGUAUUAAUACAUGCAGUGUUUCAGUGCGUCGAUAUCUGACGUUUAUUUAGGUUUCUGUUCAAUAAUUACAUGAAACUACACUGAAAUUCACUUGCAGCUCAGUAAAAUAAACUGGAAAAUACUUAUACCACAAUAA